AUGGGAGGUCAUGAUCAUCAUCACGUGAAAACUCCACCAGUACCAGAUGCAUCAAUUUACAAAGUUGAAGACUAUCCGUACUUAAACAACAUUCAGAAACGGUUAGCUAAGCAUGGAUUAAAAGAUCCAUGGCUCAGAAAUCAUGUUUGGAGAGAAAUGUUAAAGGAUAGUGUCCCCAAGUACAAACGUAACUGGAUUAUGCUAGACAUGCUUACAAGAGGCUGGAAGCUUUGGGUUCCUUUGGUAGGACUUACAAUUGCAGUUGAGCAGUUUCUAGGCAUUGAUUAUCAUGCACAUGGCCAUGGUGAUGAACACACAAAGCAUCAUUGA